UACAGUUACAGUAGGGCCUCCAAGAGCUGGGUCGGCACCCGGAGCCCUCGGAGCACCUGCAAUCCGAACAAGAAGCCCUCAAACGCUGCCCCGAACCGAAAACCACGACCCAUCCGGGGGAAAUAAUAAUAAUCGUUGGCAGAAGCACCAGCAGCGAGCAGCCAACUGUCCAAGUUCCAUAUAGUACAUAUAUCCAUAUCGACGCAGAAGAGGAAAACCCACAGUAUUAGUCCUCAUUCCGAGAUUAAGCAUUAAGGAAGAAGAUAUCCGCCUGGCGAGAUGGAGAUAGUGGGAGACACCAUAUCCAAUGGAUCAGCAGCAGCAGGAGAAGAUCCUUCAGUCCCGCCCAAAUCCACACUGAACAUUGUCAAGCAGCGUUUCAAAAAAGACGAGCAGAUACUCUACAUAUUCGAGUCGUAUCAGCUGAAGGGCCCGGAGUAUGUCACGCGGCUACUGGUGCUGGUUUCCUCAGAAUCGGGCGGCACAUAUGCCAUCGUAGCAUUCUCCUGCCAACGCACACCCAUUAGCUCCGUGAACGAGCUGGUCAUCAGCAAGGUAUUCGCCAUCGAUGACCAGUUCAAGUUUCGCCAAGAUGACAAGAGCUCGAUAGCAGCACAGCAGUUUGAUCUGUUUUCCGGCGAAGAGGGCCCCAUCAAGUAUUACUAUUAUCCAUCGGAGACGGCCAACUUUGAGGAGUUCUACGCCAAGGUUGUCAACUGUCAGGCGCUUAUGACGGCCAACCACCUGGAUACGGUGCUCAACUUUCGGUGGCUCAACGAUUACCGGCAGAUUGGCGAAGUCAAACAGGAGCUAAAGAAGCGCGAGAGCGAGUAUAUGAUCUAUCAGGACACUAGAAUAUACUGCGCCACUUGGAAUGUAAACAACAAGCAAUGUUUAAAUGGCAGCGAUUCGCUGAGAAGCUGGCUGUCCCGCAGCGAGCAGCCACCUGACAUCUAUGCCAUCGGUAUCCAGGAGCUCUACGUGCCCGCCAAGAACAUGUUGAGCUCCACAGAGGCCGCAGCCGACGCCCAAUGGAUACAAACGAUGAUCAAUAGCAUGUAUCCGGGUGUGGAGUACUCCAUCCUCAAAUCCUACCGCAUGAUGGCCGUAUUUUUGAUCGUCAUCGUUCGGGAGCCAUUGAAGCAACAAAUUCUGAAUGUUCGCUGCCAUCACGUGACUCGUGGGAUUUUCAAUGCACUUGGGAAUAAGGGCGGAGUCGGGAUUAGCCUGCAAUUGAAUGAGGGAAACAUUUGCUUCAUCAACUCCCACUUGGCGGCCCAUUCGGGACAAAAGGCGGUACGAAACCAGGACUAUCAGGGCAUCGUCGCAGGCAUGAACUUUGAAUACGGACGAACCAUCAAUGAUCACGACCACAUCUUCUGGUUGGGUGACCUGAACUAUCGCCUGAAAGAACGUGAGCCGCAACCCGGACCCUUGACCGAUCCCCAGCUACUGCUGAUAGACGACGAGCUGCGCGAGGAGAUGAGUAAUAACCAAUGCUUCGUUGGCUACUCGGAGGGCGACAUCAAUUUCCAGCCAACGUACAAAUUUGAACCCAACACCGACAACUACGACAUGAAACGGCUGCCGUCCUAUUGCGAUCGGAUUCUGUGGAAGGGCACCCGUAUCGAUCUGUUGGAGUACAAUAGCAUCAUGGAGAUACGUCAGAGCGAUCAUAAGCCCGUUUAUGGGGUGUUCCAUGUGAAGAUCAAGACCCGCGAUCAGGCCAAGUAUAAGCGGGUCCAGGAGGAGGUCCUCAAGGCGGUCGAUAAGCGGGAAAACGAUAACCAGCCCCAGAUCGAGGUGGACAAGACAAUCAUUGACUUUGGUCGCGUCCGUUUCAAUGAGCCCAGCACGAGUUAUUUCAACGUCUACAACACCUGCCCGCUGCAGGUGGAUUACAGCUUCAAGGAGAAGGACAUGGACUCCAUCUGUGAACCGUACUUGCAGAUUGAACCGCGGGAGGGAUCGUUACUCAUCGAUUCGGCUCGCAGCAUCUGGCUAAAUAUGCACGUUGAUGUCCGGAGCAUUUCCAGCUUGCUGCGCAAGAUCCGGACCAAUGAUAACUUUGAUAUCCUCAUCCUGCAUGUGAAGAAUGGUCGUGAUAUCUUCAUCACAGUGACGGGCGAUUAUCAGCCAAGCUGUUUUGGCCUCUCCAUGGAGACGAUGUGUCGCACCGAUCGGGCACUCAGCGAUUACUCACAGAGUCAGAUCAAGGAGCUGAUGAACAACAACUCGCCCCACUAUCGUGUAACGAUGCCAAGGGAGUUCUUCCUGCUGAUUGAUUAUCUUUACAAGCAGGGUGCCCAGCAGCAGGGAGCGUUCCCUCCCUACGAAUCGCGGAAUCAGCUCAAGCCCGAUUUUAAUGCGGUACGCGACUGGCUGGACACCUGGUCGCAGGAUCCAUUCCCUGGAAGCGUGGAGACAGCUGCUCAAGCUUUGUUACUUUUACUGGACCUACCGGAUCAGGCCCUGCUGGAGCCUUUUGUGGAGAACCUGCUGAGCAGCGUUAGCAAGCAGGAUGCCAUGAACUACAUCGAUUUGCUCAGUCCGCCCAACAGGAAUGUCUUUAUGCAUCUGUGCAUGUUCCUGCGCGUGGGCAUCGAAAGUGGCUACUAUGAUAUGCAUCAAGUCGCUGCCACUUUUGGUCGAAUCCUGUUGAGAAGCAUCGAAUGCGCUGCCUUGCCAAAUUACCACAGCAAGUGCUGCGAAUUUAUGAAAAUGUUCAUUGAAAGCGAUGAAGAGAUGGUGGGUAAUGGCAAUGAUUCUGGAGCGGGUUCCGGAACUAGGAGCACGGGACUGCAGGCUUAGUCACAUCAAUCCCACAGCAACAAACAAAAACAAAA